AUGACUUCUUCGCAAAGUCCACCCCCAGGCGCCGCCGAUCGCCCACGCCUUACCGAAGCGCAGAAAAAGGAGAACCAUAUAAGAUCCGAGCAGAAGCGCCGCGAGGCCAUCCGUGACGGCUUCGACCGGCUUGCGUCUAUUGUACCCGGCAUGGAAGGCCAAGGAAGGAGCGAGGCCGUUGUUUUGGAAGCCACACUGCACCACAUGCGAGAGAAGAUCAGUGAGCGCCAGAAGCUGAUCGAGGCCGGCAAGGCAAAGGGCUUGGACACGGCGGGCUGGGAACUUUCGCGAGAGACCGUCACCGCGUGCGAAAGCCAGCAGAAGCGCAACGAGAGCGAGCAAUAG